CGCAGCACUUCGAGUCCUUCUUUUCUUUGUGCCACCUGUGUGGAGCCAUUGUGGCCUGGUUUCGGUGUUGUUUAGAGCCCCUGAUUUUCCGUGCCACCGAAACUGCAGGACAUGACGUCGCCCAGCUAUUCGCAAGACGUUUUCGAAUAUGCCUUGCUUAUGAAGAGCCUUCACGCAGCCUUUGCGGAGCCAUACACUCUUGCUGGACAACUGAUGGAACUACGAACAGCCCACGACCGGAAGGCCUUGAAGCUUCCUCUCUACUGCACAGCGGCAUCAAUGCAAAUUUGCGAACUAUUGGACCAACUACCAGAAUUGAAUGAGCUUCUGUACUUGGUGGGAGCUGAAGUGGUUGAGGUCAUCUACGGAAAACUUGCGCUACGCCUAUACGAGGAUACGGAGGAUGUUUGCCACUUUCGAGCAAUGGAAGUAGCUGCCGUAUUUUUACACUGUGUCCUGGCUCGACAUCGCUGUGUGGACAGUCUCCAGUUCGUGCUAUCGCCACGGGGAUACCACGGUGUUAAUCUCCUACUCUGCGACGCUUUGUGCCGGACUACGUCUGUGACCUGCCUUCAUCUGAAACGCUCUACCUUCAAUUCUGAGUCUGCUGCCGCAGUCAUCGGUGCCGUCUCUCGACUGCUCCGGGAACAGCUAAUCGAGCUGUCGCUCGAAUUGCUCGUAUUUAACGGAAGUGUCCAUGCGUCGUUGCAAGACUUCUCGGCGAGCCUGUCCAACACAAGAACUCUCAAGGUGCUUGUGGUCGUUGAUGUUAGAGUCACCGACCCUAAGACGCAAGCGGUGCCCUUUGUCUUCCUACAAGCCACUAUGGACGCCCUGGCCAGAACUCCCAACCUUUUCAGCCUCGUAGUAGACGCUUCAGUGGGUGCUCUGCAAUUAAACGAAAAGCUGCUCCGGAUGCUCGCCAACCCUUUCGCGCCGGUGCAGCUGACUGUGAUUUCGCACAAAUACAACCUUAGCCCGGCGUUGGCAAUGGUGUUCUCGCUACUACGGCAAAACAGCACUGUCACGAAAGUUACCUUCAAGGGAUUUCACAUCGCUUCUACGCAUAUGAGGUAUGCUUCGGAUCUACUGGCUGCCAACGGCAUAAUCCAGGAAAUCUGCUUCACUGACUCGACGUGGGAUUUAAAACAGGACCCAUCUCAGAGCGUGCUCACACCGAGGGAGGACAGGUGGCACGCCAGGGCACUCGUUCAACUCCUUGCGAGUGCGGUGCAUUUGCGACGUCUCGCUGUGCCGUUCGAUUUUAUCGCCAGCGAGGUGCUUUCCAUCCUGCAAGCUGCUCAACGGUGUCAAUCACUACAGGAGCUGCAGUUUCCGGUUCUUUACGCGCGUGGCGUGGUGGCCCUCUACAGUGUGUUGAAUGAUAUGUCUCUCGUGGAGAAGCUCAGAAUAGGCAAGUUCAGCGUCACAGCCGGCACGGAUGCUUCGACUGUGGUUGCCCGCCUCCAAUAUGUAUUCUCAGGUCCUCGGGGACUUAACAGUCCUGACCUGCUAUUUGGACUGCGGGGCGACUCACCCUGGUUGGUCGGUGGCCAUUGUGGAGGCCACCUGACUAAUCUAUUAGUGACGGACUGCAGUGGACAGGCGGUGCUGCACCCCGACAUUGCCCGGUGCCUCGGAGCCUAUCUGCCGCUGACACGAAGCCUCAAGACGCUCAGCAUCACAGUUCCGAUGUUGCAGGAGUCGGCGAAGGCCAUCAUACAGGGACUUGCCUCGAACGGCAGCAUUGAAGAGCUCUUCAUGAGCAAUCUUUUGGUUCUUCAUGAGGAUGUGACCCGGCUUUCUACAUGGCUAUCGAGGAGUCAAAGGGUGCACAGUGUCGAGGUGUUCUUUGAGCCCUUUACAAUGGAAUUAUUCCUCCAGACACUUGCCGAAUAUAUGGAGUACAACUAUACACUCACAUCACUCUCCGUUGGCUGCCAACCCUUGAAGAGCGCGCACGGGUUGCUCGUCAAGAACAUGACUCGGCGAAACUUCGGACUCGUGCAGUGCGCUGCCAGCUACGCCCUUGGAUGCUCGACGCGUCGGGCAGAAGCCGCCUUCAGAAUGGCGGCAUGGCAUCCGCAGCUAAUGUCAGCCGUGCAGAAGAUGGGACUCAUGGGCGAGAAGGAAGCCAAAGCGAGAAUACGGAAAGCUUGGCAGUCGAGUGCGCGCUAACGUUGGCAUGGGCUGAAAGCUAUCCUUUUAACAAUACUGACACGUGUCCUUGUUUAUCGGGUGACCACGUUUGACCACCUAGCAAAUGAUUUGGCACAGCGCAGGAAGCGCCUGCAUGUAUCGAAUGUUUUUCGAAAGUUAUCAAUGCUCCUAACCUAUGUCCAUUGUCUCCGAACCUUGUGUAAUCUGAUUGCAUGUAUGCGCGACGCGACUGGUGUACAACUUUCUGGAGCGCACGCGGGCACCAGCGAUUACUCCGGAACCUUCGAUGACUGAUGCAUAAAAGCCGACGCGCUUCACUCGCUGAUCCGAUUUUCGCCGACCGCCGACCGUGUUCGUCGCUGUGCUGUGCUUUGCGUGCAACUUGCUUUUGCGGGCACAAAGUCGCCUAAUAAAACGCUAGUUUCGCCAUUGCCAGUUUUGCUUUCUUCACCGUCACUACUAC